CAUCUGAUGAAGUGGUCUCGAAACUUAUGCUGGCCGAAUCAUCAUGGUGAGKUAGUCCACCUUCGUCCUCAAAAUUGUCGGUCAUGACCCCAUCGCGCUGACCUUCGGUGUAGUCCAAUGCAAUGGGAUCGAUAUUGGAGGGAAAACCGCCAUCGUCCGAAUAAGUUGGUAGAUCUGCAAUAGACGUCGGYGACGUUCGCUUGGGUGUUCCCUUAAAUCCUCCCUUGCGACGGCGGYGUCGGGGAAACGGAGACCCGGUGUUAUUGUUUUCUGGAGCAUUUUUCACAUUCGUAGCUGUAUUUUUCUUASUCAUCACUCGAAUCACGAUACCAAUGCCAACAACGCACACAAUGCCGAGCAAGGCAAGCAUGACUAUGAUGACAAUGUCGCCAUAAAAUCUUUUGGAAGCACGAUUCUUAGCGACUACUUUGUUCACUUCGCAAUGAAGUCCAACGUAAUCUUCUGUGCAGAYACAACCUGGAUCUGGCUCGCCCGCUGCGACCCAGGCUCUGCAUCURCCRCCAUUGACACAAAAAUAGAGAGGCUGUCUUAGAUCUUCAUCUCCAAUGGUACAAAUAUCGGUGUUGGCAUAUUGGCAGGARUCUCCAUCGAAUAGAGGCUUCUCRUCGCUGCCCUCAAACGUGUCAUCGGCUUGGGAGCAGUCGCAAGAAUAUCCCCGUUUGCUGCUUGAGUCCGGUAUGCAUUUGGAACCAUGGAGACAGGUAUGUCGGCCUUCCCCGCAAACUUCCACCUUGUGCUCGCAAGUAAGACCAACCCAACCGUCGCUGCAAACACAAUGAGCAAACUGAUCUUCAGCAUGUGUCUGGUUUAAAUGAGCAACGUCUCCGAUGGUAUCACGCAGAGAACCAAGGUCUUUUGCUCCUUGGGCACAGAUUCCACCAUUCUUGCAGUCCAUGUUGCAUUCUACGGYAUUGUUUUGGUCGUYGGCAAGGUCGUCGGUGUCAUCGUCGUAGUAGCUGAACAGGUCUUCCGGGUCUACAGGUAAUUCACAAUGACUGCCUUUCCACGCAGUGUCACACUCACAGGUAUUGUUUUCUUGACAUUUGCCUCCAUUGACACAAAAAAACUCUUGCGUGGGAGUAGURCACAAUGACGUCGCCUUGUAUUCGCACGAAGUACCGGCAAAGGUGUCAUCUCCAGCCGAGGCAGAUGCACAGUCGCAAUGUCUUGUUUCGACCAUGUCACCAUCAUCGCCUGCAGUAAGGGUCAAGAUACAUUUUCCACCCUAUUGUUGAAAAUAUGAAACGUAUUAGAGUCAAGAAAUCCAAUUUGGAAACGAAAUACAAAAUGCAUUCCAGCAUWCAUCACACAGCMAGYCAUUAGAUGSAGCGAAAAAAGCAUGAAUAAACUUACGUUCAGGCAGACUAGAUUGUCUCCGCAGGCUUCCUUGCUAUCGCUGUUGUCGUCGUCGCCAGCGCCAKCGCCAUCGACUCCACUCGGUUCCGUCGCGAACUGACAAAACCUACCGGUAAAUCCAUUUCUGCAGUCGCAACCCUUGGAAGGAUCCUGUUUGCAAGACCCGUGGUUGACGCAAAAAUGUGCCGAYGACAAGGGCUCACCGCUUUGUGCCGGUACGCAAACGCUCGUGGAAGGRUAUUCGCAAGACGCACCAAGAUACGCUACGUCGUCGUUGUACGCAGUUGAGCAGUCGCAGGUAUAGUCGGUUAUAGAAGCGUCCGUUUUCUCGUUGUAGGUGAUGGUGGUAAUGCAUUUCCCCCCRUUAUGGCAGACCCCRUACCCRCAAAUUUCCAAGCCAGUUUCUUUGACUUUGUCGUUUUCGUUGUCCCCGUCCCAAACGGUGUUGUCAUUCUCUUCGUUGCUUACCGUGUCACGACUCUCGUAUUCGCAAGAAAAUCCGUAGAAUCCAGGUGGGCAAUCACAGCCCAGUCGAGCAUCGUCCAUGCAAGUUCCGUGGUUGGUACAGAAUGCCCUGCCCUCCAAUCCCUUGCCAUCUGUUGGACUCGAGCAAAUCUUUGUCGAUGGAAACUCGCAACUCUCCCCGGCAUACAGAUACUUCUCGUCAAACGCUGCGGAACAAUCGCAACUGUGAUCCAAUAUCCAAUCCCCAUCGGAUUGCAUUCGUUUCGUCGUUACGCACUGUCCUCCAUUGUAACAAAUGCUAUCACCACAGGCGUCUUCGAAGACAAAUUCCUCGCCGGCACCAUCGCCGAGAUCGUUGUGGGGUGUUUGAUGGAACUCCAGAGAUUUGACUUCGCAAAAUUGACCGGUCCACCCUCUGGGACAGUCACAGCUUCCAUCUUCUUGGCAAACACCGUUGUGGACACAAAAGGUUUCCUCCAGCGGAUCCUGGGGGGAAAGGCCUUCGACGAAACACAAGCUCGUUGACUUGUAUUGGCAAAAAGGACCGGCAUAGUUGGAGGUGGCAUCGAAGGCUCGAGAGCAAUCACAAGAUUCUUCCAUCUCCGUGCUACCGUCCGACARAAAGAUUUGUUCCGUGAGACAAUGGCCRCCGUUCAGACAGUAUCCCCCGGCACACUCGACCCUCUUUUCGUUACCGCUGGUGUGAUGAUGAUAUUCAUCUUUCCCACUGUUGUKUGAAAUAUCAUCCGGCGAGACGGCGCCGUCGUUCGCUUCAAAAUUAUCGAGAAUGAAUUCACACUUGUACCCAGCUGUUCCACUACGACAAGAACAUCCCUCGAUCGGGUUGGUCUUGCAUGURCCUCCCUGUGCGACAAAGAACACCAAAUACAGCGAUGGUGAACGGAAUGCAUCCAAUGUGUUGGUCAGAAUWGUAAGGUACAAGAAUCGUUACUAGAACGCGGAGGAACAGAAUUUGGUCUCCUCCGAGCAUACAGAAUUCUUACCUGCGUGCAAAACAGGUUCCAAUCGUCGCCGCUGCACAGGCUUGUUGCCUUGUGUUCGCAAAACUUUCCGGCAAAMCGAUCGCUGCCGUCCUCGCUGGUAGCCACCGUGCAGUCGCAAUGGUGUUGGUUKCGAACCGGUGUUCCGUCGGACGCCCGAAUCGUUGUGGUGACGCACUUGCCUCCGUUGAGGCAGGCGUGGCCGGGGUCGUUGCCGCACUGCUCGGCUUUUGCCUCRCACAGGCGCCCACCAAAGCCGGAAGGACACACACACGACAUGUGUCGGUCCUCGUCUUUCUCGAGAGACCACCGGUGGGUUUGAGCUCCCGCACCCGCUGCCGCGGACGACGACGACGACGACGACGACCCAUCGACAAAGCAC